GCGAGCGGGCAGAGGUGCGGCGCGCGGCCCCCUAGCGCGCCAACGCGGUCCCCGCCGGAGCCGCUGCGUCCCACCGUGCGGCCCUCAUCCUUCCUCUUGACCCGACAUCCCGCCGGCUCCAGGAUGGGCGCGCGCGCUUCGGGAGGACCCCGGGCCCGGACUGGAUUCCUGCUGCUGCUGCUGCUGCUCGGGCUGGUGGCCCCGGGCGCGCAGGGGGCGCGGAGCCGCGGCGGCACCGAAAAGAACAGCUACCGCCGCACGGUCAACACCUUCUCGCAGAGCGUCAGCAGCCUGUUCGGCGAGGACAACGUGCGCGCCGCUCAGAAGUUCCUGACAAGGCUGACUGAGAGGUUCGUGCUGGGAGUGGACAUGUUUGUGGAAACCGUGUGGAAAGUUUGGGCAGAGCUCUUGGAAGUUCUUGGACUCGACGUCUCGAACCUGUCCCAGUACUUCAACCCCAGCUCGGUGGCCAACAGCCCUGCCCGAGCCCUCCUGCUGGUAGGCGUCGUCCUCCUGGCCUACUGGUUCCUGUCUCUGACCCUGGGCUUCACCUUCAGUGCCCUGCACCUGGUGUUCGGCCGCUUCUUCUGGGUGGUGCGAGUCAUUCUGUUCUCCAUGUCCUGCGUGUACAUCCUUCACAAAUACGAGGGCGAGCCUGAGAAUGCCGUGCUGCCCUUGUGUUUCGUGGUGGCCAUCUACUUCAUGACCGGGCCCAUGGGCUUCUACUGGCGAGGCAGCCCCAGUGGCCCCAGCGUGGAGGAGAAGCUGGAACAACUGGAGAACCAGGUCAGACUGCUCAACAUCCGCCUCACCCGUGUGCUGGAGAGUCUUGACCGCCCCAACAGCAAGUGACAACCAGCCAGCCGGCCGGCUCCCCCCCCACCAGCGCCCUCUCUCCGGAAACAAAAAAGAAGAAGAAAAAAAAGAACGCCAAACCCCAAACAAUCUUAAUAAACAUGCCUGAGCAAGAGAGGGGCGCUUUGUGAGGGUGUUUCCGGCCACGUGUCAACUCUUAGGACAUCUUCCGGGAGGAAUUGACAAGAUCAUUGAUAUAGGACUACCCACCAAGUGUCAUUAGUGGAAAAAAAUAUUUUUUAAACAAAGGAUAUAACCAUAUUAGCUGUACAGUAAGAGAAGUUUAUCUGUGCAUAGAGCAUAAAGUUAAUUUUUUCAAGCAUUUAAAUACAUCUUUUGUAAGGUUUUUUAAUAAAGGCAGAUCGAGUUGAGCUUAUUAAAACUUUACACAGAGGGGAAGAAAUUGCUAAUUCGACCUUUUGGAAAAGUUUCAAGGCAAGUGUUUGCUUUUGCAGCACGGGGAUUGGUGGUUGAGGUCUGUGUGCGUUCUUUUCAUGUUCCAAAGCUGUGACCUUCAUUUCAUGUUGUUUUUGGUUGAUGUUGAUUUGAUGAAUUGUGUUGCUUCUGAAUGUGGACUGUUGGGUUUCAAGGUUGAAACUCAAUGUCUUUGAGAUCCUAGAUGAUCCAACCAAGCCCCCAUCAAUCAGAUUUCUAAAUGAAGAAAUCAUUAUUUGUAGAAAACCUAAGAUUCUCUCCCCCUUCUGUACUUUGAUGUAUUUUAACCUCCACAUUUUCUAAAGGAAAAUUCAAGAACCAGGCAAAGGAAUAUCGUUGGAGUUUGAUACCAAGAACUGCCUGAGCAAGCACUGAAGCUCAUCAGGUAUCUAAUUUGAGUCCUAAUUUUACCAUUGGCCAGCUAGGGGGAUAUAGGAAAGCUACACUCUCCAGGGUGUUUCGUAUACUUAUUUCAUUUUGGUUUUUGGUUGACUCAGGACUAAAGGAAAGGAAAACCAACCAUAGCAGCUAAUAACCUUUCAAGUCUGUUGCUGCUUAUAAAGCAUUCUCAGGAACAAUAAGCAGACACCCGCCAGACUUGGAAAAGAUCUGAUUUAUUUUAUCUGAAAUUUUUACAAUAUAUGUGUUAGGUGCUUUUGGUUUGGAAUCUGUGGUGGCUUCAUUUUCAGUGGUCUCUAGGGGUGAAGAGAGGUACAUGCGGGACAGACAGCUGUGGGAGUCCUGAACAAAGGGGGCUUUGCAAGGCUUGGAUCAGGGGCUAGUGGAGACGCCCCUUUCUGGGUACCAAACAAGCACAGGAAAUCAAGGAAAUGAAGCCCCAGGUUUUGCUACUAGGCUUCGUGGCUGUCUCCAUUGGCCUUCCUUGCCCACCUGCGUGUCCUGGCAGCCGCAUCACAGACCCCUGUACACAGGUUUGCAGAGACCCCUGCCAGAUCAGGUAGAGCCAAGACUUUCUGGUCCAGGAAUCCUUUCAGAGAAAACUCAGCUGCCUGCCAGCUCCUCUGUGCUGUGUUUCUGUAUGCUUUAUUUGAGGUUGCAAGUACCUGGGGAGGAGGAGCAGAUGUUUUUCAAGAGUGUUCAUGAAACUUCUAUUUUUAAGGUGCACAUUAACAGGGCCCAAACUGUCUUGCAUUUGCAGCUCACUUCUUGAAAUUAUAUACAUGUCCUCUAGAAUUUGCUUGGGCAAAUCUUUAUCCAUGGGCAUUGGAAACCCCUUGGUUUCCGCACUGAAGCCGUUCCCGUUUUGUCAUUUAGAUACUUAGAGACAAAUCUGUUUUCACACAGGGUAUAGAGAACUCCAGGGAGGUCAUGUUUGCCUUCUUUCCCCUUGUGCAUUUGGCUUCUAUGUCUCUAGCACAUUUGGGUGUUUGCUUUGCUCAUCUUAGGCGGGGGGGUAAUUGACAUUCUCUGCACAAAGAUUUUAAGUUUUAAAUUAUCUUCUGGGUACAACAUGCACCCUUCUCUCGCCCACCCUCACACCUGGAAACCUUUUGGAACUGUGAUGUCUUGAGACCCUAGCAGAAAAAUCAUUUUAACUUCUAGUAAAUCGAGGAAGGCUCACAUAUCUGGGUGCUGGUGGACUGAGGCCUCAUCAUCAACUGGAAGUUAUUGUUAAGAAUAUAUACACCUCGGGAUUUCCCUGUGGCCCAGGGGUUAAGAAUCUGCUUGGCAAUGCAAGGACAUGGGUUCAAUCCCUGGUGCAGGAAGAUUCCACAUGCCGUGAGGCAACUAAGCUCAUGUGCCGCAACUAAGACCCAAUGCAACCAAAUAUGUGAAUAAAUAAAUAUUUAAAAAAACAUGCACCUUGUUUUCUGGAUUGGCUAAGUGUAGGCUAUGAAGCCAGUUGAACAAUCUGAUACAGCCAAAUGAAAGAUGUCUUUAUUUUUAACCAAAGUUAAUUAGUUCCUUAAGAGUAUCACUUCAGGGUGGAAUAGUCCUUGAAAUUCUGAUGGAAGUCACAGAGGUUCAAUAUGCGUAACUCUUCCUUUUUAAUACGUAAAUUUGACUUUUGCUUGGGCGUCCUCUUAUCCUCAAAUAGUUGGGAUUUUUUUUUUUUUCUUUUUUCCACGGAAGCUUGUAGGAUAAUUGACCUCUUCCAGUACCCCUCAUCUCCUUUUUUCUCUCUUUUGUACAUGAGAAAUGUAUUUUUGUAUCAUAUCUCAUACCUUGAAGAGAAGUUUUUUUAUAUCUUCAGGGCUGUAGAAUAUAUUAGUGUAACAUAUCAUUCAGUGUGAUAUGAAAAUAUCCUGACGAAAGCUACUGUGAAUCUCUUAUAGUUAAAACUCAGUUUUUUAGAUAUCUUCAAGUUCAUCAGUGUUAAUUUCCCAAUGCUUCAAUAUCGCAGUAAAUACCAAGAGCAGAAAAGAGCCCAGAAAAGAAAAAGGAUUUGUUAUCUCCAACUUGCUGGAUUUCUGUGGAUGUUUGGGGAUCAAUGUUUGGACCAAUCUCUUCCUUGACAUCCUGGCAAAGAUGCUUUUGUGGCAUGUCAGCCUUUCAUAUUUUCCAUUUUUGUAUUUUCCAAUACCAAUCAGCAUUACUUGCCUUCUGGGGUUUUUUUGGGUUUGUUCGCCUUUUUUUUAAACCCCAUAUCAUUUCUUGUAGCAAAAUGCAACGACAGAAUUUCCUGAAAGCUGGUCUUGUGAAUUGUGCCAGGGUCUUUAAUUUAUGAAGGGGACCGAGUGACAUCAUGGAGAGAGGUUACUGCCUUUGAAGGAGAUUUUAAAUACCUAUAGUUGCCCGGAGACGACAGGCAUACCAUGCCUCUCACGACCCCAGGAAGCCUGUCCCACGUGGACUAAGAAGCAGACAGGAGAGCAGGAUCUAUGCCCCGCUGACUGUGGCGGGGAGUAGCUAGUUGGAGACAUUUCCUGUUGGCACUAAGGGUGAACAUGCAGGAUGGGGUCCGUACUUGGGAGGGUUGUAAAAGGAAUUUUGUACACCCACCCCCUGGGGCUGGCUUGUGGGGAAGGUGUAAACCACUUUGGUGGCAUUUCAGUAACCUAGAGAGGUUAGGAAUAACACGUCAGAUGUCCAGUGCAGAAUCUAAAACAUGGCUAAGACACCUUCUCACUAUCGGGAAUCCUGCUUUACUUCAUCCCCUUGCUUCCUGCUACCUUUUGUUUUUCCUUUUUCUUUUUUUUUUCUGGCUGCACUGCAUAGCUCAUGGGACCUUAGUUUCCCAACCAGGGAUGGAACUUGGGUCCUCUGCAGUGAAAGCGAGGCAUCCUAACCACUGGACUGCCAAAGAAUUCCCUCUGCUACUUCUUAAGAUGCUUUUGAGGAAGGAUAUUGGCCUUAUAGGUUGAUACCCGAUCACUUCUGAUGGGUUUUGAAUUGACUGACUGAACCAAAAAGCCAGCUCUUGCCAUCACCUCUUGGCCUUUUGGCUAAGAUCAAGUGUAGUAUGGGGGCUUCCCAAGUGGUUUAGUGGUAAAGAAUCCUCUUGCCAGUGCAGGAGAUGCAAGAGUUGCAGUUUCGAUCCCUGGUUCAGCAAGGUCCCCUGGAGUAGAAAAUGCAACCCACUCCAGUAUUCUUGCCUGGAAAAUCCUGUGGACAGAGAAGCCUGGUAGGCAUGGGGUAACAAAGGGGAUGCAACUGAGCACACACACAGCCAUCCCUCUAGCUCACUUUAACAGAAAUUUCUGGGGACUUCCCUGGCAGUCCAGUGGUUGAGACUCCAUGCUUCCAGUGCAGGGGACCUAGGUUUAAUCCCUGAUGGGGGAAAUAGCAUGGCCAAAAAAAUAGAAGGAAUUUCCAAGACCUAAAGGUGUCACCCACCUCCCCCAACUUUUUUUGGAUAAUACAUCACCAUUCUGCAAAAGUUUUGUUUAUGGCCAUUUGAGUACUUCAACCUUUGCUCCUUAUUGUGAAUAAUAGAAGCAUAUACUUUUGCAGGAUCUAAUACAGUAGCCUUCAAAUUAAGACUUGGACAACCAUCAGUGUGAUAAAUAGGAUCUGGAAUAAACAAAGCUUGUCCAGCCUACUGAAAUCUGCACUCUGCUCUUCACUGAUUCCUUGAUUUGUAGGAGAUACACCAGGACCAGUGUUUCCCUGGUGGUGAUUUAAAAACCUGAUUGCCCUUUGCACCAUCUACUGAAAAUCUGUGGCAGCUAGUGGUGUUAUCAACCAUAUGUUCUAAUGUCUUUUUGCAGAUUUAAAGAUUUUAUUGUAGUGUCAAUUUAAUAUCUGCAUGUGUGUUAACUCUUUGAAUACUGUAAUUAAAUUGAUUUCUUUGUGAUGAUGGUGGUGAUUAGCGCUCACUUAAAAUCCAGCCUAGCACUUACUUCCCUCUUCUCAACUGGAAAUCAUAUUUGUGAGGUAUGGUACCCAUGAUCCACAGUGUAUUCAUGAGUCAACUUCACAUUUUGUGUAUCUGGUUAUAAAUUUUACAUGGCAUUUAAUUUGAUACUAUGAAUCCAUUUGAUUUUAAUAUAGUGGUGUGUGUGUGUGUGCCUAUGUGGCGUGUGCUCACUUUAGUUUCAUGAGCCUUGGGAAACUGAUUCUACAAAUAUCAUAAAUAGGCAUAAAUGUAUAAGGCUUAUUUUUUUGGCAAAGCAAUCCGUACAUUUCUCUUAUUUAUUGAAUCACUGGCUUUGGUGUUACAUAGAGAUAUUUGUAGACCAAUUUCAGAACAGAAUGAAAAUAUUGUGAAAAUUACACCUUAAUAAAUGUUUAUUGUAA